AUGGCACCCCCGAAUGAUCGCAAGCGCCGGAUUCAAGAUACCGAGAAUUCUGCUGCCGCAAAAUCCGAUCCAGACGGCGGGAUUGCGCGAACGACGAAGAAGGCCAAGGUCGACGAUGGACGGUCCAUCUUUGUUCGAUCACUGCCUCCUGGCGUAACGAACGAGAGCCUUACCGAUUUCUUCUCGGAAUACUUUGCUGUCAAGCACGCUACAGUAGUUGUUGACCAGGAGACAAAAGAAUCAAGAGGAUUCGGAUUCGUAUCGUUUGCUGAUGCCGACGAUGCGAGAGAUGCCAAAGCGGCAUUGGACAAGAAGGAGUGGGAUGGCAGACGCAUUCGAAUCGAAGUUGCAGAGCCCAGACAGCGUAAUGCUGAUGAAGCAGACAAGAGGCCCGGAAAAGGCAGAGAGUCGUUCCAGAGGCCAUCUACCAAGCUGAUUAUUCGAAAUCUUCCCUGGAGCAUCAAGACCUCAGAACAGCUAUCAAAACUGUUCUUGAGCUACGGCAAGGUUAUAUUCUCUGAUCUUCCACAGAACAAAGGAAAGCUAAAGGGAUUUGGUUUCGUCACCAUUCGAGGACGUCCAAACGCAGAGAAGGCCCUGGAGGCCGUGAAUGGCAAGAUUGUUGAUGGCCGACCAUUGGCUGUCGACUGGGCUGUUGAUAAGGCGACCUGGGACAAGCAACAGGGUGCGGAAAGCGGCAAGAAGGACUCACAAGAUGACGAAGAUGAGGCUGAAGACGAGGAGGAGAACAAGGAUGUUGGAGAUGACGGCGAAGUCAAGAAUCGUGACGAUCAACUAGCCUCAGAUCUUGCAAACUUUAUGAAGAACCACAUGACGAACAUGGAGGAUGAGGACGACAAAGACGAGGAUGAGGAUGAUGAGGAAGAUGAUGAGGACGACGAGGAGGACAUGAAGCUGGUGGAUGAGAUGGACGAAGAGAAGGAAACCCAGAAACCAAAGCGAGAGUUGAUGACAGAUAACUCUUCAACGAUUUUCGUUCGGAAUCUGCCGUUUACGGCCACGGAUGAGCAGCUCAAAUCUUUCUUUGGCCACUUUGGCACUGUUCGAUAUGCCAGAGUUGUCAUGGACAAGGCUACGGACAGACCGGCUGGCACUGGCUUUGUCUGCUUCGUCGACAAUGAGGAUGCGAAAUCCUGCAUAAUUAAUGCUCCUCGCCGCGCACAACCGACUGCAGGCGGAGUCAAGCAUUCCAUCCUGCAAGACGAGAACGCCGAUCCCACCGGUAAAUACACAAUGGACGGCCGAGUCUUACAAGUGGCCCAAGCUGUGAACAAGAAUGAGGCUGCCAAUUUGGCGGAGAAUUCGCUCGCGCAGAGGAGGCAGAAAGAUAAACGCCAUCUGUACCUCUUGUCCGAAGGUGCCAUUGGAAACUCUCCGCUGCGAGGUCUUUUGACUGACGCAGAGGCUCGUAUGCGAUCAAUGAGUGCUCAGCAGCGCAAGAAGCUCGUGGAGAAGAACCCCAUGCUGCACAUUAGCUUAACCCGACUUGCUCUUCGUAAUAUUCCCAACGACAUUGGUGCCAAGGAACUCAAGGAGCUGGCCAGAAAGGCCGUUGUCGAAUUUGCCAAGGACGUCAAGGAAGGACGCCGACAGCCCCUUUCCAAGGAAGAGAAUUCCAGAGACGGCAAGGAUGCAAAGGACAAGGAAAAGGACAGGAAACAAAAGCGUAAGGGUAUCGUCAAGCAAGCCAAGAUUGUGUUUGAGGACAACAAGGGCUCCAAGGUAUCUGAGACUAGCGGAGCUGGCAAGAGCCGUGGCUACGGAUUUAUCGAGUACACGUCUCAUCGUCACGCCUUGAUGGGUCUGAGAUAUUUGAACGGCCACCAGCUUGACGGAAACAAUGGCCGAAAGCAGCGCUUGAUUGUUGAAUUUGCCAUUGAGAACGCGCAGGUCGUUAAGCGACGACAGGAGGCUGAGAAGACAGCUCGAAAGCCGAAGAAGGAUGACGAUGCGGAAGCAUCCGAAGACGAGGAGGACGAGGAGGAAGAGGCUCCUGAGCAGAAGAAGAGGCAAAAGGGCAAGAAGCCCAAGGGCAACUUGAACAAGGGGCCUCAAGUGGGAACCAAGCCGAAGCCUCCCAAGGAAGGGGACGUUGAUGAGAAGAAGAAGCCCGCUGAUGCAAAGGAGGCGAUCCAGCAGAAGCUGAUUGCACGGAAGCGACAGGUGCGCAAGAAGAAGGCUGUGGCUAGAGGAAAAGCGUAA